AUGAAAAAAACAAACACUGCACCUCCCCUCGAUAGACUGCAACAGACGACUGCACCGCCAGUGGCAACUUCAACUUCCACGCCGCGCAAGCCAAAUGCCAAUGGCCACGAUCUGACAGAACGAGUAAUGCACGACUUGUCUAACGCCAAUGUCAAAUAUGACGCGAGUCGGCCGAAGUGGAUGGGCUCCACUCGAAGUGUCACGAGUACCAGCUCGGGUACAUCAGGUGCAAAUGCUUUAGCUCCGUCGCCAAUUCCUGAUCUUGUUGAGCGACCUGCGUCCACGCUGUCUGUUUCAGAAAAACUCCAUGGAGACCCGAACGAUCCGCACACACUUCUGAAGGCGAUCUUUCACUAUUAUUGCCGUUUUGGGAGAACUGGAUCGAGAGGUCUUGGAGAGACGACACUCGCUACGUCUCAUAAUUUGAACUUUGUCAAGUUGUGCCGCGACUCCCCUGACCUGCUUGGCCCUUCCUUAAGCAAAACGGACGUGGAUCUUAUCUUCGUAAGGUCCAAGAAGAAGGGGGAACGGCGGAUCAACUAUACACGGUUUCUAGACGCUUUAGGGAUGAUCGCCAUCCAGAAAUACGGCGACAUGGCACUAAAAGCGUCUGUGCCCAAGCUAUUGGAGGCUUAUCUUGCCUAUCUGCCAUGCCUGCUCGAGCUCACGGACGGCGAGACGGUCCAGGCUGUGUGGCAAAAACGAGCAGAUCACAACGAAUCCAUCGUGACAAGUGAAGCGGUAUCAUCUCCAAAGUCACCUUUGUUUUCAAUUGCUCGACCUAAUAAUCUGUCUACUACUUAG